CGUCGCUCGUCGCGUUCAGUGUACGAGAGCUUAGGUUCAUAGGUCUGUGAUGCUUGUAUUUUAACCUCUUCCGUAAUGUUUGUUUGAAUAUUUUAUAAGAAAUAUUGUAUCAUAUUCAAAAUGACAUUUAUGCUACAACGGAUAUAUUCAUUCUGUGUGAAACAGAGGAAGUGUACAUCAAUGAGCUAUUUGAUUAAACGCUCUAAUCACAAAAUCCAUACAUCCGAAGAUAUGUCCCAUGGGGAAGACAAAUUGCAAGAUUCUAAAACAGACGUAAAUACAGUCAAUGUCACUUUUAUUGACAAAACGGGCAAGAAAUUUAGAACAAAAGGAAAAGUAGGAGAUAAUGUACUUUUUCUAGCUCAUAAAUAUGGAAUUGAAAUGGAAGGAGCAUGUGAAGCCAGUCUAGCAUGUACAACUUGUCAUGUGUAUGUACAUCCUGAUUAUAUAGAUAAACUUCCAGCUCCUGUGGAAAAAGAAGAUGAUCUCUUGGAUAUAGCACCUUUUUUGAAAGAAAAUUCUAGGCUAGGUUGUCAAAUAAUUCUGAAGAAAGAAUUAGAUGGCAUAGAGUUAGAAUUACCUAGAGCAACUAGAAAUUUCUAUGUGGAUGGACACAUACCCACCUCGCAUUAGAAAAUUAUUUAUUUUUUAUAUUUAACUUUAAAUUAAACAAAUUUGUAAAUAAUAUCAUCUG